UUAUUCUCUGUUGUAUUCUCAAGCAAACAAUACAAGGUGAAGUAAAAAAACUUGCUGUCGAUAUAGAUUACCUAAAAGCUCACAUUGCAGAGAAUUGACAACUAAGAACACUUUCUAUCUCCAAGUCCAUCAGCCAGAACAUACCAACACGCGAGAGGAAAUAUAUAAACUCUAGAAUCAUAAAAUCUACUGUAAAAUUUAAAUACAUUAAAAUUCGAAGAUUAAAGCAUAAUCUACAAAAAUAUAAAAACCAGAGAAAUCAACAGGAAAAUGAAGAAACUAAAAUUCUAUAUAAUAGUAGUAUUGAUAAUUAUAGAAUAGAUAAAAAUAUAAAAUUAAUAGAAAAAUUUAAAUACCCCUCUAUAGAGGAGAUAUCAGAAUGGAAAAAAUCCCUUGUGUUAAAUAAAACAAAGUAUGUGAUUCCUAAAGAUAUUCUCGAGACAAUGCAGACAGGAUUACACUUUAACGGUCCUAAUAGUUGGAGAGUGAUAGAUAUAAUACCAAGCCUAGACAAAGUGUGUGGAGGAUUGACAGAAGUAGACUCUGAGAUAAUGAAAAUUAAAUUAAGUAACAUUAUAAAAGCACAUAUUGUGAGACAAAAAGAUAGAGUAAUCGUCAGGGAUAAAAAUUAUUAUAAAUACAAAACAGAAAUUAAAAAAUUGCAUAAGUACUUAAAUGAUGAUAAUCUUAAUAUAAUUAGAGCAGAUAAGUCUAAGCAAAUUGUAGUUGUAACCCAAGACUGGAUUGUUUUAAAAAAACUACAAAUCAUAAACGGAAAAAAUUUCAGAGAACUACAGAUUAAUCCAAGAAAAAUCAUAUACGAAGAACUAAAAAAACGAAUUACGAAACUACAAAAACUGGGGGAUGUUACUAAAAACAAAAAAGCAUUUAUAUUGUCUGAGGUUAACGAGAGAACUCCUCGGUUAAAUAUCCAACUAAAAACUCAUAAACAAAACGAAAAAGUACGACCAAUUGUCGAUUUCAAAUGUACUGUAUUGUACAACUUAGAAAAAUUUUUGAAAGAAAAACUUAAAAGUUACGAUAAUUCAAUUUAUUCUAUUAAAAAUACAGAAGAAUUUUUAAAUGAUUUGAAGAAGGUCCAGAUAGAAAAUACGUUUAAAUUGGCUAGUCUUGAUGUAAUAUAAAUGUACCCAUCAAUAACAUGGCAAAUGAUUAAUAACCAAUUGAGAAAAAUGAAUGUUGAAUUUUAUAUUAUAGAUCUACUAGAAUUCGCUUACAAGAGUAACUAUUUUGAAAUAGACAAUAAAUAUUACACACAGGAAGACGGCAUUAGCAUGGGGUCGGUUAUAGGCCCGAAAUUAUCUGAACUGAUAAUGAUUGAAAUAGACAUAAAAAUUAAAGAUAUUCCUGGUAUACAUUACUAUAGAAGAUACGUAGACGAUGUUCUAAUAGUAUAUAAUGAAGCUGAAGUAAAAACUGAAGAAAUAAGUAAAUUAAUAAAUAAUAUUUAUACAGAAAUUCAAUUUACUAUCGAAAAAGAAACAACAACAGAUAAUAGCAUAAGGUACCUUGACGUAGUUAUUACUAGGAAAGAAAACAAAUUAAUGUUCGAACCUUUUAAAAAACAAUGUUCGAUCAACAAAACAUUGAAUUAUCAUUCUAAUAUUCCUCUGCAUAUAAAAAAGAACAUUUUUUAUAUGGAAUAUAAAAAUAUACUCAAUAGAACUAGUGAACAGGGAAAGAAAGGAAAAUAUAUAAAUGACUUACACAAAAAAUUUAGUUUAAACGGAUACCCUACCAAAUUAAUUAACGACUGGCAACAAAAAAUAGAUAAUAGUAUUGCUUUCCCUGUUAAAAAAGAUGAAGAAAAGGAAAAAAUUAAAUAGAGGAGAAGGUGGUAUUAUGGAACCCCAAUUACAUUUUAGUGAAUUGUAA